CUCACAAGCGAGCCAGUUCAUUUUGUUGUUUCACUUGCAUACAAAACUGAGCUCUGCUCACUCACUGAUCAAAGCACCACAAAACGAAGUUAGAAAAAAGCAUUAUAUUUUUAGACAGAUUUAGAGAGAGAAAAACAGACCCAUCAGCACCAGUUCCAGUUUCUUCACAGUGGUGCUUUUGAAGAGAGUAUCCUUUGGCUUUUGUAGAUCUAGUUUUCCACUGAACUCAUUGUGGUACACAUUCUUCAAGUAGUUACUGAGUGAAGGAAAUAGAAAGAGAACAAGGAACAAUGAGAGACUGCAGGGUUCUUUGUUUUUUCAUUGCUUUGGUUCUUGUUUUUGUUCAUGGCGUUAAUGGUGAAGACCCGUAUAGGUUCUUCACGUGGAAAGUCACUUACGGUGAUAUUUACCCUCUUGGUGUUAAGCAACAGGGGAUUUUGAUAAAUGGGCAAUUCCCAGGGCCUCAAAUCGAUGCUGUUACAAAUGAAAACUUGGUUAUCAAUGUGUUCAACUACCUAAGGGAGCCAUUCCUCAUUUCUUGGAAUGGCAUACAGCAGAGGCGGAACUCAUGGCAGGAUGGAAUGUAUGGCACUAAUUGUCCAAUCCGACAAGGAAAAAACUUCACUUAUUUUAUCCAAGUGAAGGACCAGAUUGGUAGCUAUUUCUACUUCCCAUCAUUUGGAUUCCAGAAAGCUGCUGGAGGGUUUGGUGGCAUCAGAAUCUGGAGCCGCCCAAAGAUUCCGGUUCCAUUCCCUUCUCCUGCUGGUGACUUCACCAUAUUGGCUGGGGACUGGUACAAGACAAAUCAAUAUAUACUAAGACGACUCUUGGACAGUGGUCGCAAUCUCCCCUUCCCUGAUGGACUUCUCAUCAAUGGUCGUGGGUGGAAUGGUUACACAUUUACUGUUGAUCAAGGAAAGACUUAUAGGCUCAGGAUAUCGAAUGUGGGGCUUACAACAUCAAUUAACUUCAGAAUUCAGGGCCACAAAAUGAAGUUGAUAGAGGUAGAAGGCUCUCACACGCUCCAGAACACCUACACUUCCCUUGAUAUCCAUCUUGGACAGACUUAUUCUGUCUUGGUCACAGCUGAUCAGCCUGCCCAGGAUUACUACAUUGCAGUUUCUACACGCUUUACGGCUCGGGUACUGACAACAACAGCCAUUCUUCACUACAGCAAUUCACACAAUGGAGUUUCUGGUCCCAUCCCUGUUGGUCCUACCACUCAAAUUGCUUCAUCACUCAGCCAGGCCAGAUCUAUACGGUGGAAUCUGACAGCGAGUGGGCCAAGACCUAAUCCCCAAGGUUCUUACCACUAUGGAAUGAUCAAAACUAGCCGCACAAUCAUGCUUGCAAACUCUGCUCCUUAUAUUAAUGGAAAGCAGAGAUAUGCAGUCAAUAGUGUCUCAUAUAUUCCAGCAGACACUCCCCUAAAACUUGCUGACUACUUCAACGUCCAAGGAGUUUUUAGUGUUGGAAGCAUUCCUAGUAAUCCCACUGGGGGAAAUGGUGGCUACCUUCAGACUUCUGUCAUGGGUGCUAAUUUCCGAGAUUAUAUAGAGAUUGUGUUCCAAAAUUGGGAGGACACCGUGCAGUCAUGGCACAUUGAUGGCCAUUCCUUCUUUGUUAUGGGCAUGGAUGGAGGGCAGUGGACACCUGCAAGUAGAGCAGUCUACAAUUUGAGAGACACUGUUGCCCGUUGCACUACUCAGGUGUAUCCUAGAUCAUGGACUGCAAUCUACAUGGCUCUGGACAAUGUGGGAAUGUGGAACAUAAGGUCUGAGAAUUGGGCAAGGCAGUACUUGGGCCAGCAGUUCUAUCUCCGGGUAUACUCCCCUGCAAACUCUUGGAGAGACGAAUAUCCAAUCCCAAAGAAUGCAAUUCUUUGUGGUCGGGCAAGAGGCCGCCAUACAAGACCUUUUAAGAAGUAGCUAGACAUUAUAUUUGUCACGAGAGGGUGACAUGCAUGCACGAUUCUUGGUGUGAGGACUAGGUGGUCCUUGCGGGAAAUUAAUGCAAGAGCUCAACUUGAGCUUUGAGUUGUUAUUAACUACUUAUUUCUAUCGUUCUUUUGUCCUGGAUGGGUUAUCAGUCCCAAUGGCUCUUAGAUGUAGACUCCAAUGUCCUUCUGAACAGCAUCAUUGUUUAUAACCUCAUUAGCUUUGGAAA